AUGGCAUCACCAUUGCGAGGAUGCGAGAAAAACAGUACACGAUGCUUCCAAGUGUUCAAAGUGUCUCUGUCCACUCUACAAGAGGAAGAUCUCAGUCGAAAUCUGAAACCAGUGAAGAAAUACGGGAAUAAUGUGUUCGCACCACGUGGAAAUUCGCCUAAACUAACGGAGAAAGUCAUCGAAAGUAUGCCGGCCAACGCGGAUCCUCGAGAAAAUAUCCUCAAUAACAACUAUUUCUUGAAACGAGUAGACGCUGACGAUGGGUCCAUAUUCACAGAUGAUCUACAGGACCUUUUACCGCAAAACAUCCAGCACGUGCAGAACAAUCCGUCGGUGUCAAUAGAAGAUUCGUUACCGGUCUACCUAAUCAUAUUACUGAUUGUCGUUGGAAUUCUUGUCGGUAUUCUCGGAACCUGUUCAGUGCUGGUGUUCGUCGACUACAAAAAUAACCCGAAGUUCGACACAUCAGGAGCUGUCACAUAUACAAGGCGUCGAAAUUUUGAAAAACUCUACGUAGACGCAAAACAAAGGGAUCGGCUCGAUCGUCAACGGAGGCAAGCCGCUCUGUCACGAACUCCGCUUCCAGUGCCGGGUCGCGUGUCGCGUACUAGUCGCGAAAGUGAAUUGAUGCGAUCAUCCAGAGAGGCCACAGAAAACUUGCGAACAGAACGUAAAAACUCCUAUUGA